AUGGCCAAUCCUACUCCUGGCGAGGUAAAGAAACAGUUGAACGGCAUCACCUUGCUUUGCCUGGCUUUUGUGAUAUGUAAUAGCUGGGCUGGUAUUGCUGGGAGCCUUCAGCUAGCACUCCUAGCUGGAGGACCAGCUACCCUUAUCUAUUCAAUACUCGUCACUACUACAGCCUACUUGGCAAUAGCAGCAUCAAUGGCAGAGUUAGCAGCCGUUUACCCAACAGCAGGUGGGCAAUAUCACUUCGCCUCCAUCCUUGCCCCAGAGCGAUGGAGACGGGGGUUGUCAUAUACAUGUGGCUUGUUGGCACUUUUCUCUUGGCUUGUUAUUGGAGUUUCUGUCACCAGCAUUGCGGCUCAGCAGCUCCUAGCUCUGGUAUCUACGAGUCUCUCAGAUUUCGUGCCUCAGUCAUGGCACGUCUUCCUUGUCUAUCAAGGAUUUGCGCUCUUUGCGAUGCUAUACAAUGCGUUUGUUCUGAAAAAGAACCCUUGGACACACACUCUUGCGUUUAUCCUCACAAUCGCCUUAUUUUUGACGUGUUUUGUCCUCUUACUUGUAAGAGGAAAUCCGAGAGAAUCUCACGAGUUCGUCUGGAACACCUUCUUGAACUAUACUGGAUGGCCAGACGGUGUGUGUUUUCUCGUCGGUCUCUCGACAUCUUGCUACAUGUACAAUGGCCUCGACGGCGCCAUGCAUAUGGCCGAGGAGUCCAGCAACGCGGAAAGGGUCGUACCUCGCACCAUGCUGGGGGCAGUUGGCAUUGGGUUCACCACAGGGUUUGCCUAUACAGUGGCACAGGUUUAUGCUAUAUCUGAUAUCCAAGAGAUCAUGACCACGACUCGGUGGAUUCCGUUUGUGGUUAUGGAGCAAGGCUUUCGAUCUCGCACAAUCGCUAUAGUCAUAGUUUCCAUCAGCGUUAUCUUAGGGAUGACUAUUAUCAUUGCUACUCAGGAAGCAUCGUCUCGUCUGGCCUGGUCUCUAGCACGCGAUAAGGGGCUGUUAUUCUCGCGCUUUCUCCAAGAUCUUCAUCCCCGCUUAGACGUUCCCCUGUGGAGCUUGCUCCUAGUCUGGCUGUUGACAUUUUUAUGCGGCUUCUUGUAUCUCGCUUCGAAAACAGCUUUUAAUGCAAUUGUGGGCUCGUCCGUUAUCCUUCAGCAGCUCUCAUUCGCCAUUCCUAUCAUUCUGGUAAUUGCUCGAAAGCGAUCAACGAUCUACCUGUCCCCUGGACGCAGUUUCCGUCUACCUGAUCCCUUAGGCUGGAUCGCUAAUGUCUACGCGGUUGCUUUUAUUACGCUCAUGACUGUUAUACUGUGUUUGCCAGUCACUAUCCCCACGGAGGCAUCUACGAUGAACUACACAUGCGUGAUUCUAGGAUUUUGUCUUUUGCUCGGUCUGGCAAAUUGGUGGCUGCAUGCCAAGAAACAGUAUAAUGGCCCUCUAAUGGAACAGUGCGAGGGCUGUGAGGCCGAGCCAGCCUGUAUCUUCACCGUCCCUUCUCAGACAAAGAAUAGGGAUGAAGUAACUGCAUAG